AUGUUUUUGAAAACUAUUUUUUGGAAAAGAGGGAGUAAUAUUAUUGCAAAAAACUGUGUUCAAUUUGUACGAAAAAAUUCUCAAAAAGUUCAAGGACAGGUAAUUGGUAUUGAUUUAGGAACAACGAAUUCAUGUGUUGCUGUCAUGGACGGCAAAUCACCUAGAGUAAUUGAGAACUCAGAAGGGUCUCGGACGACACCAUCUGUAGUAGCGUUUACUAAAGAGGGUGAAUGCUUAGUAGGGGUUGCUGCAAGGCGGCAAGCUAUUGUUAACCCCGAAAACACAUUUUUUGCAACAAAACGCCUUAUUGGGAGACGGUAUGAUGAUAUUGAAGUUAAGAAAGAUAUUGAUCAGGUCCCAUAUAAAAUUGUCAAAUAUACAAAUGGAGAUGCAUGGCUUGAAGCACGUGGGGAAAAAUACAGCCCAAGUCAAAUAGGAGGGUUUAUAUUGAAUAAAAUGAAGGAAACUGCAGAGAGUUAUCUUGGAAAGCCUGUUAAGAACGCUGUAGUGACAGUACCAGCAUAUUUUAAUGAUUCUCAACGCCAGGCAACAAAGGAUGCCGGCUCUAUUGCUGGAUUAACCGUUCAGCGUGUAGUAAAUGAACCUACUGCAGCUGCACUUGCUUAUGGUCUUGAUAAAGAAACGGAUAAAGUUGUUGCAGUUUUUGAUCUUGGAGGAGGCACAUUUGAUAUAUCGAUUUUGGAAUUAAAUCAAGGUGUUUUUGAAGUAAAAUCAACAAAUGGCGAUACACAUCUCGGUGGCGAAGAUUUUGAUAUUACUUUAGUUCGUUAUAUUGUUGAUCAAUUCAAAAAAGAACAGGGCAUGGAUUUAUCGAAGGAUCGAAUGGCUAUCCAGCGUAUCCGUGAGGCAGCUGAAAAGGCGAAAGUUGAGCUUUCAUCAACUGUUUCAACAGAAAUCAAUUUACCAUUUAUUACUGCUGAUGCUACGGGACCUAAACAUAUUAAUAUUAAGAUGACUCGAUCGCAACUGGAGAAUCUUGUAGAGCCUCUUAUUAAAAGAACGAUUGAGCCAUGUAAAAAAGCUGUUAAAGAUGCUGGUAUCCCAUUUUCAUCUAUUAAUGAAGUUAUUCUUGUUGGAGGAAUGUCUCGUAUGCCUAAAGUUAUUGAAACUGUUCGAAAUAUAUUUGGGCGUGAACCUUCAAAAGCUGUGAAUCCUGAUGAGGCUGUUGCUAUGGGCGCUGCUAUUCAAGGCGGGGUUCUCUCUGGAGAGGUUAAGGAUAUUAUUCUUCUUGAUGUAACACCUUUGUCUUUAGGUAUUGAGACUUUAGGUGGUGUUUUUACUCGUUUAAUUACUCGUAAUACAACUAUUCCAACAAGAAAAUCUCAAGUAUUUUCUACUGCUGCUGAUGGACAAACAGCUGUGGAAAUCAAAGUAUAUCAAGGUGAACGUGAACUUGUUCGGGAUAACAAAUGUCUUGGGAAUUUUGUAUUAAGUGGCCUUCCACCUGCUCCUAAAGGAGUACCUCAGAUUGAAGUGACCUUCGAUAUUGAUGCUGAUGGAAUUGUUAAUGUUUCUGCUAAAGAUAGAGGAACUGGUAAAGAUCAAUCCAUAGUUGUUGCUGGUUCAUCUGGACUAUCUGAAUCAGAAAUUCAAGCUAUGAUAGAUGAAGCUUCAAAAUAUGCUGAAGCUGAUAAAUCUCGAAAAGAAUCUAUCGAAGCAGCCAAUCGCGCGGAUGCUAUUGUGUAUGACACACAAAAGUCUUUAACUGAUUUUGAAGCACAAAUUGAUAAAGAAGAAGCUGAUAAAAUACGAUCCCUUAUAACGGAGUUAAAAGAAUUAAUUGCUAAAGCACAAUCUGGUGAAGCGGUUUCUCCAGAUGAAUUAAAAAAUAAAACUUCGGAGUUACAACAAGCUUCUUUGAAAUUAUUCGAAAAUGUAUAUAAAAAGAAACAAGAAGCACAAGACCAACAAUCUACUGAGUCGACUACAAAUGAAGGGAAGAAGGAUUAA